UACGACAGACAUAAUAGUGGUCUAUGCAGCAUUUAUAUGAACCUCAAGAUGAGUCCACCUGUCGACAUUGAAGACUUGAAACGAAGAUAUUGUAGUCGUUUGCAUCAUUCCCUGUUUCUGUAUAUGUUGAUGAUCUCUCUUCUUUAUGGACUUUCUUUCCUUUUUCUGGCUCAUAUCGUAUUUGAACAUAACUUCUGGGAAGAUUCGUAUCGUUACCUCACUUUGGUGGCAACGCUUGGAGUGCUACUGGUCAUGUUGGUUUCACUUAUGCCGCUAGAGAGCGUGGCAGAGUAUUACCACUGGACUUUGGCUUUCAUUGUGUGGAUUUUCAUGGUAGUAACGGUGUCCGUUUGGUCCUAUUUUAAGACGAUGAAAUCUAGCAUGGAAAGCUUGCUUGUAGUUUAUUUUAUGGUUUUUGUGGUAAACACUAUGUUACCUCUUCCUCGGAUGGCGGCUUCUGUUACCUCCCUAAUAACAGUCAUCUCCCAGGUGGCGCUGUCGGCAGCAGUGUCUAAUAAGGAAACAGAUUAUUUGGGAAGUCAGAUCGUAGCGAACACCUUGUUUUUGUUGAGUGCAGCCGUAAUAGGCUACUAUCAUAAACUGAUGAGAGAUGAAGCUUUAGAUCGAACGUUUGCUGGAACAAGAAGCGUUAUAGAAUCUAGAAUCAAGCUGGAGUAUGAAAAAGAACAACAGGAACAACUUCUUCUUAGUGUAAUCCCAGCUUACAUUGCGGCAGAAGUGAAACGAAAAUUUAUUUUAAAAUUAGCAGAUGCAUGCCAAACAACCACACCACAAUCGAGGCAGGGGUUCCACGAACUUUACGUGCAACGCCACAAUAACGUCAGUAUCUUAUAUGCUGACAUAGUCAACUUCACACCCUUGUCGGAACAGCUUUCUGCUUCGGAUUUGGUGCAAACUCUAAACCAGUUGUUCGGGAAGUUUGAUCAAUUAGCUCAGGAAAACCAAUGUAUGCGGAUAAAGAUUCUAGGCGACUGCUACUACUGUGUAUCAGGACUACCCGUCUCCAGGCCUAGCCACGCUUACAACUGUGUCCAGAUGGGUCUACAGAUGAUCGAGGCAAUAAGGUUUGUACGAGAAGCAACUGACGUCAAUGUGGACAUGCGAAUUGGGAUUCACAGUGGGAACGUGUUAUGUGGAGUCCUUGGUCUCCACAAGUGGCAGUAUGACGUGUGGUCUGAUGAUGUAACAUUGGCAAAUCAUAUGGAGUCGGGUGGAGUUCCAGGGCGUGUCCACAUUACCCAAACAACUCUUCACCACCUAGAUAAUAACUUCGAGGUCGAACCAGGAUAUGGUCAUUUACGUGAUCAGUAUCUUGGAGAACAUCAAGUAGAAACGUAUCUUAUCAUACCGCCAAAGAGUGGUAACUGUGAUGGGGUUACGACCAAGAGGAGAAGUGUUAUGGUCAGACCUAAGUCCAUGACUAAAAUGAGCAAGUCAGUGGAAUGUUGGGGAGCAGAAAUACCUUUUUCCAAUAUGUCUGAAACAGAAAUUGCCAAAAGUAUUGGCGUGACGAGUCUAGCGUUGAUCGAGGGUAACAUUUUUCCUGGUUCUAGCAACGUUUUCAAUUGUCGCCAAUGUGUGAGUUCAACGGAAGACAUCAACCCUAUUUUUCUCAGAUUUACCAAGCAGGACCUGGAAACUCACUACCAAAGUCAACACAACACGCACUUCCGUUUGUACAUGGGAUGCGCAUGCGCACUUUUUUUCUGCAGCUGCAUUAUUCAAAUACUGACGCUGCCUUUGUAA